GUGUCUCAUCCCUGCAGCCUCCGUGGCCGGAGCCAGCCCCGGCAUGAUGUUCCCCAUCCCACUGCCAGCCUGGUUGGCCCUGGGCAUCCUGCAUCUGCCCCUCGGCAGCACCCAGGAAUGUGUGAGCCAGCAGCAAGCACUCGGGGUGGUGCGGCAGAUGCAGAAGCUGCUGGCAGCACAGGAAGCUGCCCACCUGCGGGGCACGCGUGGUCUCCGGCAGCAGCUCUCCAUGCUCCAGAGCCGCCUCCAGAGACAAGCCACCAAACGCAACGAGACCUGUCUUCAGCCAGUGGUGCCCCUGAAUGGGCGGAUGCUGGGACGCAGUGUACGGGUGGGCCAUGACGUUCACUUCAUCUGUGAUGCUGGCUUCCAUCUGGUGGGCUCGGAGACACGGACCUGCCGGCAGGACCGCACAUGGAGCGGCACCCAGCCCUUCUGCAGAAGUAUUGAUGACUGCUCCAGCAACCCCUGUGCCAAUGGUGGGACCUGCAUCGAUGGCAACCAGAGCUACACAUGCCUCUGCCCGCGGGGCUGGUCAGGCCCCAGCUGCCAGAGCCCCAUCUCUGCCUACUGGGUGACGCUGAGCAACACCUCCUUCAGCCGCCAGCCCCGCUGUGCCGAGGGCCACCAGGGCUCCCGGCGCUGCAGCUGUGAUUCCGGUUUCCAGAUGCGAGCUGGCAGUAUGUGCCAUGAUGUGGACGAGUGCCAGCUCUUCCAGUCCAACCCCCAGACCCGGAUUUGCCUUCAUGACUGCCUCAACCUCCCCGGCUCCUACCGCUGCCUCUGCCCCUCUGGUUACCUGCUCCACGCCGACCGCAACACCUGCGAGGAUGUGAACGAGUGUGCUGGGAAGCAGCACAACUGCACCCAGGGUGACCUCUGCAUCAACACCUUCGGGGGUUACCGCUGUGUGCGCCCCAAGUGCCCCCCACCGCGCCACAACACCAGCUAUGUCAAGACCUCAACCUUCCAGUGUGAGAGGAAUCCCUGCCCCAUGGAAAGCCGAGCCUGCCGCCUGGCCGCUACCUCCAUCUCCUUCCACUACCUGCCACUCCAGGCCAACCGCACUGUGCCUCAUGUCCUUUUCAAGAUGUCCACCACCCGCUUUGUGGGAGACAGUCUGCGCUUUGCCAUCAUGGGUGGCCGGGGCCAGGGCAUCUUCAUUGUGCGACGCACCGACCGGCAGACAGGAGAGCUGGUGCUCACCAGCCCUUUGGCAGGUCCAGCCACAUUGGAGGUGGAGCUGGAGAUGAGUGAGUUCUCUCGCAAGAUCCUCCUUGGAAAGCACAUCUUCAAGGUCACAGUCUUUGUGUCUCCAUAUGAGUUUUGA